AUGUUGUUCAGACGCAAGACUUCUGAUCAGGAAAGUACCAACAAAGAAAAUAUUCCCGAGGACAAUCCGAGCUGGAAGUUGCUGUUCGGAUUCACGACUCGAAGACACCUGCCGACUCUCAUAUUCGGGUCUAUCUUUGCCCUGGUUGCUAGUCUUGUCACGCCAGCACUUGCAGUCUUCCUUGGCAAUGUGUUUGACUCAUUCAACUCUUUCGGCGCGGAUAAGACUGAUGUCAAAGGGCUUCAUGACCAAGUGAUCACAAAUUGCUUGGGAAUGAUUGGACUGGGAGUGGCUGGUUGGUUUUUGAACGGCGCAUACUAUGCUCUGUUCGUUGCAUUUGGGGAAAUUCAGGCCUCCGUUAUUCGCAGCGAGGUGUUUCUAGAGUUAUUAAAACGCGAUGUUGAGUGGUUUGAGGCCAAAAGCGAAGGCUCCGGGGCUUUGUUGUCGGGAAUCCAAGCACACAUCCAUGAAAUGCAGAUGGCGACCUCACAGCCACUCGGCCUUGUACUGCAAUACUCGUGUCGUUCCCUGGCUUCACUAGGGCUAGGCUUCUACACAUCUUGGAGCCUCUCUCUGGUAACUCUUGCGGGAAUUCCCAUAUUCUCGGCGAUUAUCGGAUACCUUUCUUCCAAAAUGAGAUUUAGCAUUACAGCACAGCAGGCUGAGCUGACCGAGGCUUCGAAGGUUGCCAACAAUGCUAUUACAAAUAUCGACACGGUCAAAUGCAAUAAUGGGCAGGCCUUCGAGCAUCGGAACUUUACUGAGAGCAUUGAGAGAUCUGCCACACACUAUCUUCGACAAGCUCUGCUGAAUUCUCUGCAAAUUGCUAUCAUCCGAUGGAUGAUGUUCGGGAUGUUUGUUCAGGGAUUCUGGUAUGGCAGUUCGCUUGCACGUUCUGGGAAACUCACAUCUGGAGAGGUUCUCAGAACUUUCUGGGCUUGCCUGACCGCAGCUCAGUCUAUCGAGCAGGUCUUGCCGCAGAUGAUCGUUAUGGAAAAAGGAAAGGUCGCCGGUGCCGCCUUGAAAGCAAUAAUACAGAGUCGGAGAGACAAAAUUGUCAGCGAGGUAAAGGGAAAUCGGUAUCCGAAACACUGCGAAGGUGAUAUCGAGGCCAAAAACGUGUCAUUUUCAUAUCCUAGUCAACCUGAUCAAUGUGUUCUCAAACCGUCAAGCUUUUUCUUCCCCGCUGGAGAAACGACAUUUAUUAUAGGGAAAAGCGGCUCUGGUAAAAGUACCCUCAGCCAACUGUUGAUGCGGUUCUAUUUGCCAACCUCAGGCGAAAUCAUGAUUGACCGCAAUCUAAUGCAAGAACUCGAUAUCAACUGGAUCCGCAACAAUAUCACUCUUCUAGAGCAAAGGAGUGUUCUCUUCAAUGAGUCUGUGCUCACGAACAUCGCCUUCGGUUGCCAGGACCAUGCAGCUGUCACCAAGCAAGAUGUCAAAGACCCCAUCGAGCUAGCCAUGCUUGGGAAUACAAUCGAUGGACUCCCGAAAGGAAUCGACACUUGCGUUGGGCCCGGCGGAAGCUUUUUGAGUGGUGGUCAAAGGCAACGAGUUGCAAUUGCCAGAGCGAAAUUACGUGACACCCCAAUUCUGAUCCUGGAUGAACCCACCAGCGCUCUUGAUCAAACCAACCGAGUUGCAGUAAUGAAAGCAAUCCGUGAAUGGCGGAAAGGUAAGACUACAAUCAUUAUCACUCACGAUAUGUCACAAAUCAUGGAACAGGAUUUCCUGUACAUCCUUGAACAAGGCUCAAUUGUGAAAUCCGGCUACAGAUAUGCUGUCGAGGUCAGUCCGGAAAGCGAGAAGUAUUUCCAUACGAAAAUCGACGGUUCUGUAAAGACCCAAAACAAGAGGGCUCUGAAUGAUAUGGACAGUCCUUGGGAGAGCUCAUCAUCGGAGAGCUUGGACACAUUAAGACCUCAAUCAGCUUUCCUCGGACAUCGUCGGACGAGGCAAUCCUGGGCUCAAGGACACAUCCCCCCAAACUUUGGCUCCGGCUCACUGGACUUAAUGGCGAGAAGGAAUUCGGAAUGCAUCAUCAGAAAUGGGAACUUCCCUAGAUCUCCUCUGCAAGAUCGAAACCAGCGUAUUUCUUUCAUGGCGCAGGGACCUGGUGCCCAGCGGUAUUCGAAAGAAACAACUAUCCAACUUCCCGCAGAAUACGUCGAAAUGGUACAUAUUGAUGAUCAUGGCUUGAAGUCGGAUCCAUGGCCCAACAAACACACCUCGAAAGAUCCAUCAGAGACGAAGCGUAACCGGAGAUCACAUGGCCUCCGCAAGAAAUCAAAAGAACAGCCUACACCGAAAGAACGAAUGACUCCGCUCUCUCACAUUGUGGGCACCAUUCUAUCGACUUUGACGCUCAGACAGCGAAUCAUCCUCUUCCUAGGAUUUGCCGCAGCACUGGCUCAUGCAAGCGCAACUCCGACAUUUUCAUAUUGUCUGUCACAGCUGUUUGGAACCUUCUAUGCUGGGAACAACAGUGAACACCUGACAAUGACAUGGUCACUUGCUGUACUAGGGGUGUCUUUCGGAGAUGGCCUUGCGUCCUUUUUCAUGCAUUAUUUCCUAGAACUUUGCGGCGAGGCUUGGAUGGAUUCUUUUAGAAAAAAUGCCUUCCAGCGCAUUCUCGAUCAACCACGGGCCUGGUUUGAGAAAGAUGGCAACGGAUCUCUCAGACUCACAUCGUCUCUCGAUCAGAACGGAGAAGAUAUGCGAAACCUGCUAGGCCGUUUCGCCGGUUUUGUAAUUGUUGCUGCAGCAAUCACCGUCAUGGCAAUCAUCUGGAGCUUGAUUGUUUGCUGGAAGUUGACACUCGUUGCUCUUUCCUGUGGACCUGCCAUUUAUACCAUCACUCGAGGCUUCGAGGGAACAAAUGGAUUAUGGGAAAGACGAUGCAACGAUGCCAACGGUAUCGCCACCGAUGUCUUUACUGAGACAUUUUCAGAGAUCCGUACUGUCAGAACAUUGACAUUGGAAGGUCACUUCCAUCGCAAACAAGCCAAUGCCAUCGCGCAAUGCUUAUUGCUGGGGUUGAAACGUGCCAUUUACACAGGCAUGCUUUUCGGCAUGGUGGAAUCGACGGUCAUAUUUUCUACCGCAUUGAUCUUCUAUUAUGGAGCGGUGCUCGCAGCGUCUCGCGAGUUCAAUGUGAACGACGUGAUGAUGGUAUUCUCGAUGCUACUUUUCAGCAUCGGCUACGCUGCUCAGAUUCUCUCAUGGAUUCCCCAAAUCAACACCUCUCGCGAGAUAGCGACGCAGCUUAUUCGCCUUGCAAAUUUGCCACAAGAUGGAUCACACGAGCACCUCGGUAGUUUGACGGUUUCAAAACUCACCCCAAUCAAGUUGACCAGCGUGAAUUUCCGAUAUCCGUCUCGGCCAAACACAAUGGUGUUGAAGAAUGUCUCCAUUUCCAUCCCACCCAACUCUUGCACGGCACUUGUAGGACGAUCUGGGUCGGGAAAAUCCACAAUCGCGUCACUGCUAUUAUCGCUCUACGAAGCCCCAGCCUCCCAAACUGGACAACCCACCGUGACACUCGGCGGCGCAGACAUCCUUCGGCUGCAUGUUCCUACCCUCCGCUCACAGAUUUCCAUCGUAUCGCAACAACCAACUAUUUUCCCCGGCACCAUUCAUGAGAAUAUCAGUUACGGCCUAGAUCAGCAUUCACCUCUAGCCUCAUCUCAUAGUGUCCGAACUGCCGCUCAAGGAGCAGGGAUUGAUGAUUUCAUCUCAUCUCUCCCGCGCGGAUACAAUACUGUGAUCGGUGAUGGCGGGGUUGGCCUUUCCGGUGGUCAGAAACAGCGUGUGGCCAUUGCACGGGCUCUUUUGCGCCAGCCUCAAAUCCUCAUUCUCGAUGAAGCCACGUCUAGCUUGGAUCCUGCGGGUGCGGAGAUCGUGCGGCAGACGGUACAGCAGCUGGUUGCUGUGCAUCAGGGGCUUACUGUUAUCAUUAUCACGCAUGCAAAGGAAAUGAUCGAGAUCGCAAAUCAUGUCGUUGUUCUUGACCAGGGAGCUGUCGUAGAGGAUGGGCCGUAUCAGGAUUUGGUCAAAAUGAAUGGUAGCAAGUUGCAUGCCUUGCUCAGUGACCCCGAGCAAGUGGGUGCUUAG